AGCCAUCGGCGCCGCGACCGUGAGCCGGGUCAGUGGCUCGGGCCCGGGCUGGGUGCUGGGUGCUGGAAGGGGCGGCUGCCCGCGGCUCUAGGGCAGGGCAGGCGAGGCCAGGGGCCCGGGCCAGAGGCAGAAGAGAAGUGAGCAACCACCUGUGUGUGCUUGGAGCUGCAGACCAGAGUAAAUAUUUCAAGAUCCCUGGGAGACCUGAAGGAUGGCCUCUUUCAAGGGAGCAGGAGCAGCUCAUCCGCAGUCAGAGACUGACACUCCUGAAGAAAACUAUAGUUGGCAAAUUCCCAUUCAUCAAAAAGCCUUUGAAAUUUUGAAGACUAACGAGAGUCAGCUUUGUGAAGUCCUCCAGCAUAAGUUUGGCUGCAUCUCCACCCUGGUGUCUCCAGCUGUGGACGUUAACAGCACGUCUCUGCAGGUCUUCCGGAAAAGGCUGAGCCCUAGGCUAGAGUUAUCGGUCUGGAAGGAUGACCUCACCACGCACGCUGUGGACGCUGUGGUAAACGCAGCCAAUGAGGAACUUGCACAUUCUGGGGGGCUGGCCGGGGCCCUGGUGAAGGCCGGCGGCUUUGAAAUCCAACAGGAGAGCUCGAGAUUUGUUGCCAACUAUGGUAAAGUACCAACUGGGGAGAUAGCCAUCACCGGGUCGGGGAAGCUGCCCUGCGAACUGCUCAUCCACGCCGUCGGGCCCCGGUGGACCCCCAGGGAGCAGCAGAGCUGUAUGGAUAAGCUGCAGAGGGCCAUUUUAGCGAUUCUGGACUAUGUCACCCAGAGAAAUCCACGCAUUGAGACUGUAGCAAUCCCAGCCCUGAGCUCCGGGAUUUUCCAGUUCCCUCUGGACUUGUGUGUAAGGAUCAUCGUAGAUACUAUCAGUGCUUAUUUCCAAAGGGAGCAAGUGGUCAGCAGCCUGAGAGAAAUCCACCUGGUGAGCAAUGAGGACCCUACUGUUGACGCCUUUAAAGCCGCUUCAGAAUCCACCCUGGGGAGGAACGAGCUGGACCUCAGGAGCAGUCGCGAAGCCUCUGCUUCCCAGAGGACUCUCCUGGCUUUCCGGUACCUGACUCUCGAGAUUGUCCAGGGCCUCAUAGAACUGCAGGAAACAGAUGUAAUUGUUAAUUCUGUAAGCCGAGUUAAUCACACAGCAGGACCUGUGUUAAAGUCAAUUCUACAACAGGCAGGAGAUGAGAUGAAAUUGGAACUUGAAAAACAGGCUAAACAGGGUAGAGAUUCUCAGUUGGUACUGAUCACAGAAGGAUUUAAUUUGUCAUGUCUCAAUGUAUUCCAUGUUUUCUGGGAUCCAACUCUUCGUAAAAGUCAGGUAUUGAAAUGUGCAGUGAAAACAUGUUUGGAAAAAUGCCUUGUGCUAAAACAAUCUUCCAUUUCCUUUCCUGCACUUGGAACUGGAAACAUUGGUAUGGCUAAGGCUACUGUGGCAGAUAUUAUGUUUCAUGAAGUUUUAACAUUUGCCAGAUACAGAUUGAAAAAGCCAUUAACUGUAAAGUUCGUAAUCUUCCCAGACGAAAUGGAGACAUAUAAGGUUUUCAGAGCUGAAAUGGAAAAGAAGUCCAAGAUGCUGGGUCUCAAUAAUUACAGAGACUCCAAGGGGACAAGAGAAAAGCAAAGAGAAAACGGGCUUGAGGCAAAGUCUCCUGCCAUCGAUCUGAUGGGAUCCAACAAGGAGCAGAUGAGUGAAGCACAGGCGUGGCUCCAAAGGCUGCUGGCCCUGCAGGACCGCCAGACCAUCGAGAACAACCACAUUUUCUACCUUGGCAGAAAGGAACAUGACCUUUUGGCUCAGCUUCAGAAAGACUUAGGCAUCUCCAUCUGUGAGAUUAUCCAUCCUGGAAGGGCAUGCUUGGAGAUUCAAGGAGCCCAGGCUGGCCUCAUCGAGGGGGUCAUGAACAUCGAACGUGUGCUGUGUGAAGUUCAGGAGGAAGUGGCACAGAGAAAGGAGCAAGCCCUCUGGAGCUUAUGGAGACAAUUGACUGGCCAGCAACCAAACAUCCAGAAGGAAAUGAAGGAAAAUAUCACAUUUCUGAGACAACCCAUGCCUAUAUCUCAAGACCGAAGGAAAGAGUUUGAAAAAUGUGGUUUGCGGGUUUUAAAGAUGGAGAAGAUCGCCAAUGCAGUUCUCAUGGCUGCCUUCCAAAGAAAGAAGAAAAUGAUGGAAGAGAGAAAGCGUGGGGGCCCUGUGAGCCACAAGUUGUUCCAGCAAGUCCCACACCAGUUCUGUGAUGUGAUAUGCAGAGUUGGCUUUCACAGAAUGUACUCGAUGCCCAGCGACCCCAGAUAUGGAGCUGGUAUAUACUUCACCAAGAAACUCAAAAACCUGGCAGACAAGAUCAAGAGUACCCCUGUCAAAGAUAAACUCAUCUAUAUUUUUGAGGCUGAAGUACUGACAGGCUCCUUCUGUGAGGGUCAUCGGUCAAACAUUGUCCCCUCACCACUGUAUCCUGGAACCAUAGAUAAUCACGACAGCGUGGUUGACUCUGUCUCCAACCCUGAAAUCUUCGUUAUUUUUAGUGGCAUACAGGCUAUGCCCCUGUACUUGUGGACUUGCACGCAGGAUUAUGUGCGUUCACAGGAUUACUCAUCAGAACCAACGAUGCUCUCGUCACAGCAGCCUCGGGAGAAAUUCCCAAGUGGCAGCUCUGUUGAUUAAUCUCCACUUCAUUUUAAGACCUGGAAAGGCCUUGAUUUCAGGGAACUAACCGAACAGUGACACCAUCAAUGACUCUAAAAGAGUGGUUUGAAUAUAUCAAAUGGGUUAUUUGUAUGAAUUGAUUGGUUUUUUUUUUAUUUUUUUAUUUUUUAUUUUUUGACAGGCAGAGUGGACAGUAGAGAGAGAGACAGAGAGAAAGGUCUUCCUUUUUGCCGUUGGUUCACCCUCCAAUGGCCGCCGCGGUAGGCGCGCUGCGGCCGGCGCACCGCGCUGAUCCGAAGCCAGGAGCCAGGUGCUUAUCCUGGUCUCCCAUGGGGUGCAGGGCCCAAGAACUUGGAUUGAUUGGUUUUUGAAAGAACCGGUCACAUACCAACAUCUUAGUGCCUGCUUCUUUGUCAUCGUCUCUCAGGACCCAAUGUGUAGAUAGCAACAAAAACACUCUUAUGACUCCUCCUCAGGUCUUCUUUCAUCUCCUGCAGAAUCAUCAUUACAGUAGAUAACAGCAAAAAUAUCUUAUAUGUCGUAAAGAGAUUUUUCUAGUUUAUAACCCAAGCCUUUGAUUUUCUAGACUGAUGAUAGGAUAACAUGUUAGGACAACAGAAUGAUUUUAGAUCCUCCAGAGAAUCUUAUAAAGUGUUCUACAUAUUCAUAUAAAUCACCUUUGUCCAUGUCAUUGGCUCUGAAAAAUUAUGUGCAAGAUGAAAUCAUUUGAAGUGGAAGGACAUCGACAUGUUGAUAUUCUGCUUGUAUGAAGCCAUUUCAAGCAAUGCCAUCCAAGCACCAUGAAACCAAAUUAUUAACUUGCCAAAAAUGUAUUGAUCACCAGGUAUACUUCCGUUACUCUCUGCGUGCUGGGGAUAUGGUGGUGGAUGAGACAAAUGUCUUCAUGCACCUUCAGUCCAAGUGACUAGAAGGGCAGCCAUGGAAUGACAAAUAGAGGAUGUGUAAUAAAAGAAUUACAGAGUCUCUGGGAAAACUGAAGAGGGGGGAGUGGUAUCGAGGGUUGGGGAAAGGCCUCCAUGAGAGAGCAACAUUCAAGCUGAGGUCAGAGGGUUUAGAGCCAACAGGGAACAGAGACAGAAGAGUGUUUUAGGCAGAGGAUUAUGAAGGCUGAAUCCACUGUGACUGCCCACGUUGACUUCAGAGUUCUAUUUGCAAUGUGAGAGUCAGAUAAUCUCACUAUGCAUGCCUUGCCUGUUUUCAAAUCCAUACCACUCUGUACUUCUCGACUGUCCUGCCCUUGCGUCUUCGCACCUUCCUUGUCACGCCUUAGCUGGUGUUCUCCACCUCGAAAGAAGCGUGCUGCUUACUGUCUCGGAUGCUACUGCUCUUGGGUCCUGGACAGAAGAGGCUCUCCCGUGGGCCCCUGUUUGGAGAAUUCCCUUGCCACGGGCCUCUUCCUUGAGAUGUUCCUAUCUAGCCCUCCUCUAGCUGUGCCCAUCUUACAAAGUGGGGGAUCCCAGGGCCAAAGGGAUGGGCCAGCUGGAUCUGUGCUCCUCAUUCUUAAGCCAUCCACUAGGUACCCCAAGUCCCCAAAGGUCCUGCUUAAACAGCUCUGAAACUACUUCCAGGGCUUGGUCUGAUCUCUUUCUUAGGUCUCUCGCCUCGUCUUGCAAAUGCGUUAUGCCACAGUCAGCAUUAACAGCCAAAGGAUGAGUGUUUGCAGGGAUGAGGCUUGGACAUGGGGACUGGGAUGUCCACUUGAAUGGGCACAAGGUCGGUGGUGCAGAGCUGAGAGUGAAAGGAUGGAUUUGAAAAACCUGGUAUGUGUUUAAUAAAAAUUUUAAACGAAAAUGGAGGUGAGGCAUUUUUCACAAGGAUAACUAAAAAAUCCAUAGGAGUGCAUGUUUGGCCCAGCAGUUAAGAUGCUGCUUGGCAGAAUUCCUGGGUUCAAGUCCUGGCUGUGUUCCUGACUCCAGCGUCCUGCUACUGCUGACCCUGGCAGGGCAGUGAGGGAUGGCUCGAGUAGGUGGGUUCCUGCCACACAGGUGGGAGACCUGGAUUGGGCUCCCAGUUCCUGGCUUCAGGCUGGCCCAGCCCUGGCCUUUGCAGGCAUUUGGAGAAUGAACCAGAGAUUGGGAGUUCUGUCUGUCUGUCUCUGAAAUAAAUAAAAAUUAAAGAGGUAAAUAAGAAAGCCAUAGCGGGAAAUAUAGUGAAACCGUAGAUCACCAAAAGGGUGAUCCUGAAGCAGCCAGGGUACAGCCAAAUCAUCUCUGAAAGAAUGACAGCUGAGUGACAGUCCUGGGACAAGCACAAUAAUGGCUCCUCCUGCCAUGCCAAUGUCACACCUUGACCCCCCCCCCAACCUGUGAAUAUGUUGCCUUACAUGGCAAAAGGGACUUGUAGAUGCCAUGGAGGUUACCCUUCAGAUAGGCAGAUUAUUCAGAAUUAUCAGGGCCCAGGCUAAUCACAUUUGAAAAAAAAAAUGUAUUUAUUUGAAAGAGGUACACAGAAGGAGAAAGACAGAGAGAGACUGAUCUUUCAUCCACUGGUUCACUCCCCAGAUGGCCACAACGGCCAGGGCUGGGCAAAGGUGAAGUCGGUAGCCAGGAGCUUCUUCCAGGUCUCCCAUGUGGGUGCAGGGCCCCAAGGACCUGGGCCAUCUUCUACUGCUUCCCAGGCCAUAGCAGAGAGCUGGUUCGGAAGUGGAGCAACUGGGACAUGAACCGGUGCCCAUCUGGGAUGCUGGCUUCACAGGCGGCAGUUUUACCUACUAGGACACUGUGCCAGCCCCUAGUAAUCACUUAAGUCUUUAAAGGUGAAGAAGAUUUUCUUGCUGGGUGAGGGACGGCAGCAUGGGAAGGAUGUGAUGUCCUGUGCUGGUUCUGAGAUGCAGGAGGCCAUGUUCAAGGAUCAGGGAGAAGCAACUGGGAUCUAGGCAAAGCUCGAGCUGAUAAUCAGCAUGGAAGUGGAGGCCUCAGUCCUCUAGCUGCAUGGAACUGAAUUCUUCCAGCUCCCGAGUGAGCAAGGCAAUGGAUUCAAGAACUUCCAGCCAAGAAUGAAGCCUGCCAACCAACGCUUUGAUAUUAGCCCUGGGAGACCUGUGUCUGACUUCUGAUCUACAGAACCCAUACAACAAAUUUCUGCUCUUUUCAUCCACUAAAGCGGUGGUAAUUUGUUAUGGUUUUAACAAGAAACAAACCUACAGCAACAAUGGAAGCCCGAAGACAUAUUUUCAAAGGGUUGAGAGAAAUUCAGUUAGUCUAAAAUUAUAUAAUUAGCAAGCUUUUAUUUUGCCUUAAUUUUUGAAUGAAGACACUCUUAGCAUA